AUGUCUGACCCAGAUCCGGCCAUCAUUAAAAAAACGCAGAAUUCACUUGGCAAAUACGUAAAAAAGCCGGCCCUGACGGAGAAACUACUUAAGAAACCCCCGUUUCGGUUUCUUCAUGAUGUCGUUAAUGUGGUCAUCAAAGAAACAGCGUUCCUACAGGGUUUGUAUACCCCCGAGGAACUGAAUUCAGAGAAUUUUAAAGAUCGGGAUUCGAAAAUAGCCUAUCUUCAAAAGUUGAUUGAUGUAACCAAAGCAACAACGGGAAAGGAGCUGAAAGUACGGCCGUCCAAGGUUGUUGCGGGCCUUGAACCGGAGAAAACAAAUGAGUUGCUCCAAGCAAUAGGCUAUGCAUUAGACAAAAAGUUGAACAGCGUCAGUGUGGUACAAAGUUACCUGGAAACAAAAGAAAAAGGAGCAGUAGGAGAACAAGCAAAGCCCAGUGUGAACGGGAAUAAAGAAGGCGGCGAUAAAAAAGAUGAAAAGAAAAGCAGAGAUAAGGCAAAGGAAAAAUCGAAAGAAAAAGAGAAAACAAAAGAUAGUGACAAAGAGAAAACAAAAGAAAAACACAAACGAACCGAAGAUUCUUCUGAUGUUAAGAAAGAAGAAUCAAAAUCGAAAAAAGAAAGACCUGAAAAAGGAAGCAGAGUUAAAGAAAAAGAUAAAACAAGUCAUACUAAGAAAGAUGAUAAACAGAGAACGGAAAAGGAUGAUACGAAAUUGUCUGGAGAGAAAAAGAAGUUGGAAAAGUCUAGAUCCAAAGAGAAAGAGAAAACUUUAAAGCGGACUGAAUCAAUAAAAGAGGAAACAGCGCAAUUGAAUAAAAUAGAUCCACCGACAGUGGACACCGACAAUAAGGAUUCGCUGAAGGAAAACGAAAGCGGAGAAGCAAAUGGAAAGGGUGCAACAAGUGCCGAAGAUGAACUGGUAGCUGUGAUUGAUGAGGAAGCAGAACUUCGUCGUAUUGAACGGAACUCCAGUCGGAGAUCUUCGCUGAAAAAACAGGGUAGUUUAACGCCGAGCGAGAACAAUAUCCUGGGCGAUCUCAACCAGUAUAAUGGACUAGAAAUUCAAGACCCUAAUCGCCCGAGUGGUGGUAUUAUGGGAGAAGCCAUUACGCGACAUGAUUCGGAUCCAGUUGAGCCCAUAGCCAGUGAGAGGGUUUCUGCCAAACCGCCAAUACAUCGACAGCAAUCCGUAGACAGCGUGAUGCGACCAAGAACUAGCCUGAGGCCUCCGAGUGUACGACCACCUUCGGCAAGACCUGGUGCUCCUAGAAGAAAGGAGAAAAACGUUGAAAUCGUUCUGAAUCCGAAUGAGACCACUAAGUUGGGCGAAAUCAAUGUAAAAAUGGAGGUGUUUAAUAAUGAACUACUGGAUGAUGACGGAGAAAAUUUGGUAGUAAUUGAAGAUUCCACAGUGAUGGGUGAUCCGUACGGUGGAUUGGAGAAAAGUGUGGAUGAGGAAGCUAAAGAGGACCAAGACCAAGGACAUCUUGUGCAGCAAAUUCUAGAAACGCAGAAAGAAUUUUCGAAUAUUGCUGGUGGAGAAGCAAAAACUGAAUCUGCGAAACAAAUUGAAAUGGAAUGGUCCAACAGCCAGCGGCAAUCAUCGUCAAAGCAGAUGGAGAUACUUAGGGAGUCGAUUCAGAAACUAACGAGAUCGGUUAAUCCUCUUGGGAAGUUGAUGGAUUUUCUUCAGGAAGACAUCGAUUCGAUGGAGCGAGAGUUAACUAAUUGGCAGCAGGUAUAUUCGCAAUCGGCAAUCGAGUUGAACAAGGAGCGAAGUGCUAACGAAAGUGCAAUCGAACCAUUGAAACACCAACUCGCCCAAAUCGAAGGAAACAUUCGAGAAUAUCAGGAAUUGAUAGACAUCACUCGGUGUAACAUCCUUCACAAUGAACAGAAAAUUGAGACGUUAUACAUGGCGGAGAUUUGA